UUAUGUAUUUCUUUUAGAUAUUUUGCAUUGAUUCCUAAUAUUUGCUAAUAAUCAGUUGUUAAUAGUGAAAAGUAUUGCAUCUAAGUUAAUUAUUGAAUGUAUUUGUUGCAAUGAUCAUAAAUAAGUUUCGUGUUAAUUGACGUAGUAAGUGUAAAAAAUGGUUACUUCUAAUAAAGUGCCCGAUCAAAAGAUAGUGAAGAUGGCAGAACAAAAUAAUAGUGCUGUGGUACCUCAACGAACAUUAAUAGGGGAAGUAAAUGAACAUAUCACAUGUACAUUAUGUCGAGGUUACUACAUAGAUGCGACCACGAUUGUGGAAUGUUUACAUUCAUUUUGUCGAAGUUGCAUUAUCAAGCAUUUGCAAGUGAAAAGUUAUUGCCCUGUGUGUGAGAUGAUGAUUAAUUCAGCGAAACCGAACAUUAAAUUAGAUAAAGCUCUUCAAGAUAUUGUAUACAAACUCGUACCUGGUCUAUUUCAAAAAGAAAUGGAACGUCGACAACAGUUUUACGCUUCAAGACCAGGUCCAGCUGCUUCUGCAACUCCUGAACAACGCGGUGAAGAUACCGAAAGAAUUAUAUUUAGCCCUGAAGAUGUCAUUUCUUUUUCCUUGGAAUAUGCUGAUCAUACUGAUGCUGACAGCAUCUCAAGCAAAUCCUCAGAUAGUAAUGAAGCUCAAAAUACUUUAGUAUCAGCAAGGCGGUUUUUGCAAUGUCCAGCUGUAGUCAACAUAAGUCAUCUUAAAAAAUUUUUGAGCAUGAAAUUUGAUAUAGAUAGUUCUCAAUUUGCCAUUGACAUAUUGUACAAGAGAGUGCCACUUCCUGAUUAUUAUACAUUAAUGGACAUAGCAUACAUAUACAAUUGGAAAAGAAAUGAGCCGAUGAGAUUCUUUUAUCACAUUAUUGAUUAUGUUGCCAUUCGCAAUAGACUAUUUGAUAUUAAUCAAAAAAACGCACAUUUCCCUGACAGAAAACCUAGCCCCACUUCUACUGAAGAAACAAGUACCAACAGCCCUGCACCGAAUAUUAAUGAACAAGGAUCUGAGGUAUCCUCAGGAACUGAUAGUCCUAUGCUUGAUGAUAAUACUAAAAAAGAAAGUGAUCCAAAAAAUAAAAGUAUUCUAAACAAUUCAGCAAAAGAUACAAUUAGUACAGAAACCCUCAGUACAAAUACUACGUUUGCAGUACCAACUAAGAAGAAUGAUGAUGAAGUUGAAAAGUCUCAAUUUUUAAAUUCCUUCGAAUUAACAGCUAGGAAUCGAAGUGUAAAUGUAAAAACUUCACCUAAAAAGCCCAAUACUACUGAAGCUAUCAAAACAAUAGAGAGUCUUCCUAAAAAUGAAUUGCCUAAAGUAGAUGACACUUUGAAGAGAAAACUUCCACCGCUAAAUAUGCCUGAGAUGAAAAAAUUAAAAAUUGAAUUAGAAAAGGCUAAAAUACCAAGCUCUCCAGCAUUGGCAACAGCUCCUUCUAAAGAUACACCCAAAGUUGAAAAACCACCUUUUAAUUCUGAAAAGAGCAAAAUUCAACCAGAAAUAUUGAAAACAUCACAAUCAUCUUCCACUUUGAACAAUACUCCUACGAAUUCUACAAUACCAUCAAAAGAAAUAAAACAACAACAAACUAAUAUGGUGAAACCACAAGUUUCGGAAAAUGCAGGACUGAAAAGAAAUAAUACUGGGAUACAAAGUACAUUAUCACCAAAACGCAAACCAAAUGAGAUUCCAGUAAAUCAGCCUACAUCAGGCCAGAAAACUGUGUCACCACUAAAAUUGCAUAUUCCGAAAAUGGACAGUUCAUCAUCUGCUAUUAAGCCACCCGAGGUUCCUAAACCAGUAACCAAAAAGAUGCCUGACUUAAAACCUAGUGGAUCUAUAUCUUCAUCAUCAUUUCAAAAUAAAGGUUCUCCUGUUAAUAAAGUGCGAAUGGAUCUGCUGGCCAACAAUAGUGAUCCAACUAUGGAUAGAAGUAAAAUAUUGUCUCAAGUGAAGUCAUCAUUGUCCAUGCCUAACACUAGCCAGACAACUUCAGGGGACCCUCUUAAAUCCUUGUUUGACUCCUGCAAAAUUAAUAUACCUUCAUCUUUAUCUAUUACUUUAACUGACCAAAAAUUGGAGACUCGAAAUGUGCCUGAUCCAAUAAAUGUUGAUCAGAAAAAGGGCAUGAUUAAUAAGAACUUAUCAAAUGCUAACAAUUUGUCUUCACAUAAAGUACCAAGUCCACCAGUUCAUAAUUAUAUUGAAAUAUUAAAAUUGCCCGAAACAGAUCCAAAAAAGCCAGUCAAAAUACCUGAAGGCAAUAAUGAAAUAAAGGUAACUCCAGCAAAAGGUGAACUGAAUGCUGGGCAACCAAAGGUUCCUACUAAAUCUUCAGAAACAUCUGCAAAGGGCCCCAUACCGAAUCUUAAACCCAUUUCUGAUACAAAGCUGGGUAAGCAGAGUGGGUCUAUCUCGGCACCCAUUACUUUCCAACAGACAUUUGAACAGCAACUUCAGUCCAUGCAAACAGAUAAGAAGUCUAAAUUACCAAAAAAUAAAUCCCAGGUGCCCAAACUUGUACCUGCAACUCCAAAAGCUUUCAGUGCAGCCAAUAAACUUGCUAAUUCCAAUGUUAAACCUGCCGGUAUCAACAUGCCCUCAUUAGAAAGUAAAACCAACGCUGCUUUAGAUUUGUCCACUCCGCACAAUAUACAAAGUCAGUUGGGUCCACAACAGACAAAAGCAUUUGAAACUAUGCAGUCAAUUGCCAAUUUAGCCAAGAAACAAGGAAUGCCUUCAAAACCAUUGCCACUUCCUUCCUCUCAGAGCAACGUUUUUUCCAGUCUAACCAAUAGACCUACAAAUGCAGUCCCAUCUCCAUUAAGAGUUCCUUCUACGAGUGGAAUUAAUCAAUUGAAACAUGAAAAGAUUAAUCCUGUCAGUACCGCAACCAGUAACUUAAGACAAGAUAUACCAAACAGUAAUAAAGUAAACCAAAUAAAACAACCUGUUAAUGCAAAUUCAGCUAUACCCGGUUUGGUUUAUCCAAUGUCUGCCCAUAGCUCACAAAAUACAGCUCAACCAUCACCAAGAUCACAGACUAGGUCUCCCAGUUCUUCCCCUAAAUUAGUUAUAGCUGAAGAAAAGCAAUCAAGUAAUAACCCAAUGGACCAUAACAUCAAUCAAUCAAAUCAAAUAACAAGUACUCAGCUGCCCAGCAUGAGUUCCAAUAAGAGUGAAUCACCUAAGCCUUCUCCGGGGCCGUCAAAACCUAUGAAGCCAUUGAUACCAGCUGGCAAAGUGCCAAGUAUAAGACAACCUAUUACACCUACCAUGAAACCUAACCCUGGCAUGAAUACAUCUGCUGAUUAUCUAAGUCCUACACCACUACUUUCUACACACCCCAGUAUUACACAUUUAAUAAGACAUCAGAUGGAAAUGCAAACAGCCUGGCUAAAGGCCCAAAGACAGUAUGAUUUGUUCAAAAAUAUGUCUAACAUGGGUCAUCAGCCACAAAACGAUUUUAAUAACAAAGACAAACAAACUUUAUUAGAGAUGUCUGCUGUUCAAGCAACUAUUCCAUUUAAAGUGAAAAAAAAGGUUAAUAUUAAUUUGAAAAAAGAUAAAAUUGCUGAAGAUACUUUGAAGAUAAAACAGAAACUGAGAAGGAAAAAUGAAGAUUACGAGCUGACAUGUGGAACUGAGAAUGAUUGUUCACCACCAAAACAAGCUAAAGCGAUGGAGAAUUCGGAUGACGAUGUUGAUAAAGAAAACUCAAAUGACCAGAAUAUCAUCGCGGACAAUUCAAUGAAACCGUUAGUAGGGCGAGAAAAAGAGAUUGCAUGGCUUGAAGAUUUUUUAUUGGAUCAUCUUGAUAAUGAGGAAUCUGCAUCUUUAUAUAUCUCUGGUCAACCCGGUACAGGGAAGACCGCCAGUUUGACGUACAUCUUAAAUUUACCUAAGAUAAGAAAUGGUUAUAAGCAAGUUUACGUGAAUUGCACAAUGAUGAAGUCAGCUGCGAGCAUAUACAGUAGGAUCUGUAGCGAGCUGCAGCUGAAGACGACAGGCACCACAGAGAAAGCCUGUCUCACUGCUAUCGAAAAAUAUUUCAAAAAGAAUCAUAAAAUGAUAUUACUAGUCCUGGACGAGAUAGACCAGUUGGACAGCAAGCGUCAGUCAGUAUUGUACACGAUAUUCGAGUGGCCGUCAGUGAAUACUAACUUGGUGCUGGUGGGCAUCGCCAACGCGCUGGACUUGACGGAGCGCAGUCUGCCGCGGCUGCAGGCGCGCUGCUCGCUGCGCCCGCGCACGCUGCACUUCGCGCCAUACACCAAGCAACAGAUCAUCGAUAUAUUCAUCUCGGUGCUGGAGAAAGAGGACAGGAGCAAUGUGUUUUCACCGGUGGCCUUGCAGUUGUUAGCUGCUAAAAUCGCCGCCGUGUCGGGGGACAUGCGUCGAGCGCUCGACAUCGGUAAGAGGGUGAUCGAGCUCGCGAAACGCAGCAAGUUCUCAGAGAAUCAUUGCGUUGACAGCAUGAUGAAAGACGCCAGUGUCACCGUUGAGCUCAAGCAAGUUCUAGAAGUACUGGACGACGUGUACGGAGGCGGCAGGAAGAUCGAGAACGACGUAGAGGAAGGCCUGCCCAUGCAGCAGAAGUUGGUGUUGUGCAGCAUUAUGCUGAUGCUGACCAAGGGAAAGAAUAAAGAUUUGGUCAUGGGGAAGCUGCACGAUGUUUAUAAAAGGGUUGCUCGGUCGCGUAACAUCGCACCUCUGGAUAUCGGUGAGAUGAUGAGCGCGUGCUCUCUGCUGGAGGCGCGCGGGGCGCUGCGGGCGGGUGUGGGGGCGGGGGCGGGGGCGGGGGCGGGGCGAGCACGUCGCCUGCGCCUGCAGUGGGACGAGGCGGAGUUGCUCGCCGCGCUGCAGGACAAGCCCCUACUCUCCGCCAUAUUGAAUGACGUCAGCUGUUUGUCAUCUUCAUAGGACAACUAAUGUGUGUGAAUGUUGACUAGAGCCAAGUGUUUUAUAACAAUUACCGAUCUUCGUUUAUUUGAAGUUCGGGCUUAGUAUAAAUCCGUGCUUUUUAGGUUUUAAGCUAUAAAGACUAAUGUUUUAACGAUGACAUGAUGUCAUUGUUGACUGCCAGCUGUACAAUUAUAUUCAUAAAAUUAUUAGGACU